UGUGUGCGUCACCGCGCGCAUGCGAGACUGUCAUUGUCCGCAAAAUGGCUGCGCUCGUGGGCAUCCGCGCGUGCCUCUCCGCUCUGCAGUUGACCUCACCGAGUUUACUGCACAGCUCUUAUAAACUGUGUGCGGUUCCUCUAAGUCGGAGGAGUUUCGCAGCGGAGGCAAAGAAGGUUUUCUCUCGUAGUAAACCCCAUUUGAACAUCGGGACCAUCGGUCAUGUCGAUCACGGCAAAACCACGCUGACCGCCGCCAUCACCAAAGUCCUUGCCGAGGCCGGCGGUGCAAGUUAUAAGACGUAUGAGGAUAUCGAUAAUGCUCCUGAAGAGAAGGCUAGAGGGAUCACCAUCAACGCCUCGCACGUGGAGUACACCACCGCCAACAGACACUACGCUCACACCGACUGCCCCGGACAUGCUGACUACGUUAAGAACAUGAUCACAGGCACCUCUCAGAUGGACGGCUGUAUUCUCGUGGUGGCGGCGACCGACGGUCAGAUGCCACAGACGCGUGAGCACCUCCUGCUGGCGCGGCAGAUCGGCGUCGAGCACGUGGUGGUGUUCGUCAACAAAGCCGAUGCCGUGGAGGACAAGGAGAUGCUGGACCUGGUGGAGCUGGAGAUCAGAGAGCUGCUCACAGAGUACGGAUACGACGGAGAAAACACACCAGUUAUUAUUGGAUCGGCACUCUGUGCUCUGGAGAACAGGCAGCCGGAGCUGGGAGUAAACUCCAUUAUGAAGCUUUUGGAGGUGGUAGAUAAUUAUAUUCCUUUGCCAAAGAGAGAUCUGGAUAAACCAUUCCUGCUGCCUGUAGAGGGAGUCUAUUCUAUUCCAGGUCGAGGUACUGUGGUCACUGGCACACUUGAGCGAGGAACGAUCAAGAAAGGAGAUGAAUGUGAAUUUCUCGGACACAAUCGUUGCUUUAAGUCUGUCAUCACUGGUAUCGAGAUGUUCCACCAGUCUCUAGAUCGGGCGGAGGCGGGCGAUAACAUGGGCGCUCUGGUGCGCGGUCUGAAGAGGGAGGAUGUCAGGAGAGGCAUGGUGAUGUGCAAACCGGGAUCCAUCCAGCCGCACCAGAAGGUCAAAGCUCAGGUCUAUGUCCUGAGCAAAGAGGAGGGCGGCAGACACAAGCCGUUCUGCACAAACUUCAUGCCGAUCAUGUUCUCUCACACCUGGGACAUGGCUUGUAUAGUACAGCUGCUUCCGGGCAAGGAGUUGGUGAUGCCGGGAGAGGACGCGUCUCUGAUCCUGGCCCUCAGACAGCCCAUGGCUAUUGACAAAGGCCAAAGGUUCACGCUCCGAGACGGCAACCAAACCAUCGGCACAGGCCUGGUCACAGAAAUCCUCUCCAUGUCAGAGGACGACAAAUACAACUGGGGCUGAGAAAGAUGACGGGAAAAGAGGAAACUCUUUGAGACUCUGGUGUCCGAAGCCUUUUUGGACUGAAGUUCUAGAAAUGUCACUCUAGAAUUGAAUUGCGGCCCUGUUUAUAUCGCAAAAUUAAAUCUAUUUGCUAAGGAGGAUGUCUUUGUCCUGAUUGCUGAUGUCUCUGCAAACCCAUGUCCCCAACCAAGAAGCAAAUGAAAUGUGGAAUAAUUUGUGUCCAUUUCAGCACAUUAAAAUGUUCGCUACAUGCUCUGCUUUCACUAUCCUCUGUCUCGUCUGAGCUGUCAGUUAUUCACUAAGUGAAAAACAGUACAUUUGAGGAAAGUUUCUGAAUUUAAACUGUACUUGGCUUGUCAUUUCAUGUCGCUCAUCCUCAGACACACAUUAUGCUCUUUUGCUGUCUGUUUACCGGUCAUCAGUCUAAAAAAAUGUAAUAAAAUGAAUUCAGUAGGUCUGUAGA